AUGAAUGCACCCCUUUAUGCAUAUUAUUUACCAUUAACACCACCGGUGCUAUCGCUUCUACCAGCUAUACAUGUGAAUGGUAGGCGUCAUCAGACCCAGGGCCCCAGACAUACCGGGUCCAAGAGUCUCCUACCGACAAAGAUCCCUCUGCCCUCACAAGCAGGGCCGAACAAUGCAGUCGAAUAUGUUUUAACGACGUUCGACCAGAUUGCCAACUGGGCACGACAAGGCUCAGUAUGGCCACUCACCUUUGCCCUAGCAUGUUGCGGCAUCGAGAUGAUGCACUGCUCCAUGCCACGCUACGACCAGGACCGCCUGGGCAUCAUCUUCCGAGCGUCCCCACGCCAGGCCGACAUUAUGAUCGUCGCCGGUACCGUUACCAACAAGAUGGCUUCUGCUGUCCGGCUUUGCUACGACCAGAUGCCAGACCCCAAGUGGGUCAUAAGCAUGGGCAGCUGUGCCAAUGGCGGGGGUUACUAUCACUACAGCUACAGUGUUGUUCGCGGUGUCGACCGUAUACUGCCUGUGGAUAUAUACAUUCCUGGCUGCCCGCCUACCGCCGAGGCUCUUCUUUAUGGCAUUUUUCAAUUGCAGAAGAAGAUGAGGCAGCAGAGAGUGACAAGGAUGUGGUAUCGCAAGUGAGGCCGUGGUACUGUUGCCACACUGUUCAAUCUGCCGCGGUACGACACUUGUUGGCUACUCCCUGCCCAAAAACAUCUAGUCUUUCGCGAUGGCUUAUCCUUGAAGCUUUCAUAGUAAGACUACUCGAAUC